AUGAGCCAAAGACACACAUUACAAGUUUUUGAACAAUAUCAGAAAGCCCGUUUAACAUUUGUACAAGCAGUCGCUGAUUUAGCCACUCGUCCACAAAAUAUUGAAACUUUACAAAAUGCCGGCGUCAUGGCUCUGUUACGCCCAUUACUAUUAGAUGUUGUACCAUCUGUUCAACAAACUGCUGCUCUAGCAUUGGGUCGAUUGGCCAAUUAUAGUGAUCACUUAGCUGAAAGUGUGGUGAGAGGUGAUAUUCUACCACAAUUAGUUUAUUCAUUAGCCGAGCAAAAUCGAUUUUAUAAGAAAGCUGCUGCAUUUGUUCUACGCGCUGUUGCCAAACAUUCACCGCAAUUAGCCCAAUCAGUAAUUGAUUGCGGAGCACUCGAUGCACUUGUUGUGUGUUUGGAAGAAUUUGAUCCGUCAGUAAAAGAGGCAGCUACAUGGGCAUUAGGAUACAUUGCGAGACAUAAUGGAGAAUUGUCUCAACAUGUUGUGGACGCUGGUGGUGUUCCACUGUUGGUAUUAUGUUUGCAAGAACCCGAGAUUGCCUUGAAACGUGUCGCUGCAUCAGCUCUCAGUGACAUAGCUAAACAUUCACCAGAAUUAGCUCAAACGGUGGUGGAUGCUGGAGCUAUUGCUCAUUUAGCACAGAUGAUCCUGAACCCAGACGCACAAUUAAAAAAUUGUGCAACACUUAUUCGCGAAAUUGUUAAACAUACACCAGAGUUGGCUCAAAUGAUCGUCAAUGCGGGCGGUAUUGCAGCUAUUGUUGAUUAUGUUGGCUCAACAAAAGGAAAUGUUCGUUUACCAGGAAUAAUGAUGUUGGGCUAUACAGCGGCACAUACAGAAAGUUUAGCCAUGGCUGUUAUAGUCUCAAAAGGUAUUAAUCAAUUAUCAAUUGCAUUGAAUGAAGAGUCGGAAGAUCAUAUUUUAGCUGCUACAGCAUGGGCAUUAGGACAAAUUGGUCGUCAUACACCUGAACAUGCAAAAGCUGUUGCUGUUGCCAAUGUUUUACCAAAACUUCUACAGUUAUAUAUGAAAACAAACAUGUCAGAAGAUUUACAAACAAAAGCAAAAAAAGCAUUAAAAAAUAUUUUACAAAAAUGUGUUUAUUUGCCCGUACUAGAACCACUACUACAUGAAGCAUCACCAAAUAUUUUAAAACACGUUGUGGCACAAUUUUCAAAAGUCUUACCGCAUGAUCCAAAAGCAAGAAGAUUAUUUGUCACGAGUGGAGGUCUAAAAAAGAUUCAAGAGAUAAAAGCAGAAGAAGGCUCACCGUUAGCCGAAUAUAUAAAUACAAUAAACAGUUGCUUUCCCGAAGAAGUUGUCAAAUAUUAUUCUCCUGGUUAUGCCGAUGAACUUCUCGAUAGAGUUGAACAUCACGGUUCGAAAACAUAA